AUGUGCUGCGAAAAUUGCUGUCCCACGAAUUUCAGUAAGCCACGUGUCUCGAUAACGCCUCGCGAGGAUGAAUUUGACGUUGUCGAUGCCGAAGUACGCGAAGAAGCUCCAAAACCGCUUCGAACGACACCGAGUGUGGAAAUCAUUGAUGCUCCGGCGCCGGAUGUCCUAACGAUCCGCGAAGUUGACUUGUGCAUCGCGCAAAAUGGAUCCGAACAUCACACCGAACGUUUCGAAUUAAUGCAGCGUCACGAAAAAUUAUGCAAGCUUGUGGUUCGUCGUGGUCAAGCCUUUCACCUGAAACUUCAUUGUAAUCGGCCGUAUGUGCAUGGCAAGGAUGCGAUCAGUUUGAUCUUUACGGUAAAAGAUGAGGAGAAGCCGAGUCACGGGCGCGGAACGUUAAUUGGCAUUGCGUUGAAAGACACGUGCAAGGAAUUAGAUGGGGAUGUUGAAUGGUGCGCCGGAAUCGAGCGAGUUUACGGAGAUUUUAUUGAAAUUCAUGUGAAGGCGGGCGUUGCAGCUGCUGUGACACGUUGGAGUUUGGAUAUUGACACGAAAUUGCUUGAAGGAGGUGCGAAAACGUAUUCUCUACCGUCGCCGUUUUAUUUGUUGUUCAAUCCGUGGUGCAAAUGGGAUCAAGUUUACAUGCCAAAAACUCACCAUCUUCAAGAGUACAUUAUGGCAGAAGAAACGCUCAUUUAUCGCGGCACCUACAACAGAAUUCGUCCCGUACCAUGGAAACUCGGUCAAUUCGAUCGCGAUAUCCUCGAUUGUGCGAUGUAUAUCGUCUCUCACAUCGGAAAAGUAGCUGCCGGUCAUCGCGGUGAUCCAGUAAGAGUCUCUCGUGCUCUCUCAGCUGCCGUUAAUUACAACGACGAUAAUGGCGUGGUCUACGGUUCAUGGGAAGACAAAUAUUCCGACGGUAUUUCGCCCACAAAAUGGACCAGUUCCGUCGAAAUCAUGCAAAAAUACUGGAAAAAGCGAAAACCCGUGAAAUACGGACAAUGUUGGGUCUUUGCAGGUGUCCUUGCCACCGCAUGUCGUUCGUUAGGGCUUCCAUCUCGUAUCAUAACGAAUUACAAUUCAGCGCACGAUCGUCACGGAUCACUCACAAUCGAUAUUUUCGUCGAUGAAGAUGGCAAUCGGAUCAAUAUGGAUCGCGAUGACUCCGUUUGGAACUAUCACGUGUGGAAUGAGGUUUGGAUGGAGCGUCCUGACUUGGAAGCGGGUCCAAUGGGUUCGUAUGGGGGAUGGCAAGUGAUUGAUUCGACACCGCAAGAGCCUUCUGACGAUCAAUAUCGAUGUGGACCGGCGUCAGUUCUCGCUUGCAAACUCGGAGAAGUGCAAAAACCGUACGAUCAUAACUUUGUGUAUGCUGAAGUGAAUGCCGAUAAGGUUUAUUGGCUUUGGUCUGGACCAAUGCAACCGCUAAAAUUGCUGAAAAAGGACACAUAUGCGAUCGGACACUUCAUUAGCACGAAAGCUAUUGGCAAAUAUGCUCGCGAAGACAUCACCAACUCUUACAAAUACUCGGAAAAAUCAAGUGAGGAGCGAGAUGUCUUCCUAAAAGCACUUCGAAAGACUUCCCAUCAAUUCUCUCGAUAUUAUUUGAACGAAGAAUUCAACGAAAUAUCGUUCGACUUUGAAUUACGAGACGAUAUCAAGAUCGGAGAACCAUUUUCCGUAAUUUUACGCAUCAAAAAUCGCUCUGAUACCGAAACUCACGAAGUUUCCGGCGGGCUUGUGUGCGAAACGGUCACUUAUACCGGAAAAAUGAACGAUCGCGUUAAGGCUCUGAAGUUUUUAGAAGAAAUUGAACCGAGAUCGACGAAACUUAUCAAGCUAGAUGUCACUUUUGACGAAUAUUAUCACAAAUUACUACCACAAUCCGCCUUUGAAAUUUCUUGUUUCGCCAAAGUACGAGGCACAGACUUCAAUUAUGUCGCUACCGAUGACUUUAGAGUGCGAAAACCUGAUAUAAAGAUCAGUUUGGAAGGUAAUCCGGUGUCGAGAGAGGCUGUUACGGUAGUUGUGAGGUUGCUAAAUCCACUUCCGCUGCCUUUGAACAAAGGAGUGUUCGUUAUUGAGGCGCCAGGAUUCGAAAAACCGCUCGUUUUGAAGAUGCCAGUUAUACCAAUUAAAGCAAUGGCGGAGGGUAAAUUCGAUGUAAUUCCGCCAUGGUCGGGUCGUCACACGAUCGUCGCCAAGUUCGAUUCAAAGGAAUUAGAUGACGUUGAUGGCUUUUUGAACUUUGAAGCUGCGCCCCAGCCGGAAGAUGUGCUAAUGAACGAUGAUACACACGAAAUUAUCGCACGAGUUGACGUUGUACCAUAAAAGAAGCUUUUUAAUGUUCAAUUUUUUUUUUAAGGAAACACAAAUAAAUCA